AUGAUGCACAUCGGCGUCCUCGCCGCCCUCAUCGUCGCCUUUCCCUCGGCCGUCGUGUCCAAACAUCACAGGUGUGACUUCCAAGGCCCCGGAGGGUACCCUCCUGGCGAUUACGGCUACCUUCUGUUCUGCGCUGCGGCGUUUCACAAGGUCGACGACAACCACGCCCGAUACAUCUGUGACAAUACGACGACUCAGGUAGCGGAUUGGAACUAUCUCGCUCCACAGGUGCUCGAGAUAGGCACGCCCUGCGGCGAUGGUGGCUUCGGCAACUCAGACCAGUGCUACGCCAAGCUCUGGGGGAUCUGCUUUGGAGACUCAAAGGGGAUCUUCGCUGCCAGCCAAGGCUGUCGAUAUCUUGGACGCAAGGACGACUGUGAAUGGCUGCAGCGCUUUGAGAUGGCACAGCUUCCUCCCUACAUCUACGUCUUCCGGGGUCAAUGGACGUGA